CUUUUGUGAAAAAUUUUGCAUCAAGGAGGAAAGUACAAGCAUUUUAGUUUUAGUCCAAACCAAUAAGGCCCCAUUAUUUUGUAACUUGGGGUAAAUAAUGUCAUGCCGGCGCCUGUCGUCGGACACAAAUUGCGAUGACACCUGCGAUAAAAGUGCAUCUAAUUCAUGUCUAAUUGUGCCAUCAAGUCCUGGAUAAGAGACUUCUUGCCGCAGACUUUUGUGUACAUAACCGGUGCGGAAGGAGAGAGAGACUGGCAGACACUCAAUGUCCCGGCCCUCGAGGACGGCGUGGGAGUACAGAACGGAGCCAAUAUCAAGGGGGAGGUCAGUGUGUGUACCGUGUGUCUGGUGAAUCGACAUAAAAUGCGCGGGCGAGGGGGGGAAUGCGCAGAAUACUAAAUCAGCAGCUCGCCCCGUGAUCAGGUCCCCGGUUCGAAGUGAGUAUCUGCCUGCCGAGAAAAUCUGCUCUGUUUUCCCCUCUGUCGUUCUGCCCGGGGAGCCAUACGAGGAAGCGACGUGCUCAAGGCGACGUGCCUCGGCAGCUACAACUGUUUUACAAGCACGGAGUUUACCUCUCUGCGACCGAUAGUGUCACAGCUGAAUGCACGACGUGACGCGCGUGCUUUUGAUAUCUCUGUAUUGUUCGGUCGGUGCAUCGCUUGCCGAUUCCAGUUGGUCACGCGCAAGAUCGCGGUCGAUCAAAAACAAGAGCUGCGAGCGGGCUGCAUCAGCAUUUGGGCCUGCCGUCCCCGAUGAGGGUUUUUGGAGAAGAAAGUGAUGCGUCGACGAACUAAAUUUUUACCACAGGUGAUGUGGAGAUACUGAAAUUAUAGCAUGAAGGACAUCGAUAGCAUUGUCGAGUCUGCAGCAGCAUAUUUCUACAGCUCGGCCGGCCAUAACAUGGCCAACGAUACCGAGGACAACGUCGAUUUGUCAGCUGGGGAGAUCGUCUCUGUCUUGGGGAUGAUUCUAGUGGAUGUUGUUGCCGUGGUCGGUAAUCUCCUGGUAAUCACCAUCAUUGCCAAGACGCCACAACUCCGUAAUCUCACCCACGGCUUCGUACUAAACCUUUGCAUUUUGGACCUGCUGUGCGCUUUCGUCGUGAUGCCCAUAUCUAUCUUAUCCACCAUAACCGUCAAUUGGAGACUAGGGGACGCUUACUGCAAAGCCAACGGGUUCUUCAAUGCAUUUUUUGCCUUCUCCUCGAUUCUGACGCUGUCCUUUAUCAGUGUGGAAAGGUACUAUUCCAUCGCCAGCCCCAUGGAUCACGCGGCAAAUAUGACACCCACCAAAGGCGUCAUCUUGGUGGUGUACGUCUGGCUGCAAAGUGGCCUGCUCGCCCUGCCGCCUUUAGUGGGACUCAACACUUACGAGUACAACCAACACCGGGGCCACUGCACGUUUGUUUGGGGCCACUCUCCGACUCACGUAGCCUACGUGGUGCUGAUUGGCAGCGUGUGCUUCUUGCUACCGGCGACGAUUCUCGUCGUAACGUACUGUAACGUUUUCCGAGUGGCCCGCCAGGCGGCCCGCCAAGUAAAGCCAAGUUACACGUUCGGCAGCUACGGCGCAACAGCUUCACGGGGUAACGCCGGAAUAGGAGCUAGCUCGACCGUAUCCAGCAUGGUGUCGGGCACCUGCUUGCCGAACGGCACCUCUAGCUCCCCUAGAACCGGCAGUCAAGCACAUAGUUCGUCUGACGAGCAGGACAGCUACCAGAGAAGGCCGCCUCAGGUCCAGAACUACGUUGGCAAGAAAAGGCUCUUCUCCCCUAAAUCUUUCUUCAAUAUCACCAGCAGCGACCUGAAAGCCGCCAAGACGAUCCUGUUCAUUGUGUUGACAUUCCUCAUUCUGUGGACCCCCUAUUUUGCGCUGCACCUCUACGGUGUGUUUGCGGGCCACCAGAGAGGCAACACCCCGGUGUGGGAACGACUGACGACCUGGGUUGCCUACUCCUCGUCGGCCGUCAACCCGAUCAUUUAUGGCGUGCUAAACCGCCAGAUUCGGCAAGAGAUGGCGGACAUAUUCCAGAGACUGUGGAACCGUUUUAAGUGCUACCGGCAGCCCGAGGCGGCUCUGGACGACGCGAUGGACCCUGGAGGGGCUGAAGACUUCUUCCAGUUCUUGGAGCGGACUAGCAUGUUCACCAAGUCCACCUCUGUCACCUCGGGCCUAAACACCAAGGCAGAGAACGGUAAAGACGAAACCGUCCGGAUACCUGGGCAGAUUCCAGAAAUAUCGGAAGGUGAUCCCACUCAGUAAACCAGGCCGUGGUAUGGGAAAGCCAUAACCCCCCCCAAAAAAAACACGAAAAUCUUACCUUAUUCUGAAAUUGUCUUCAACUUAAAGAGGAUGGUUGCCCGACUCGUUGUUUACCUGUUUCACAAAUAGGCAAAUUCACCCAACUGUCCACCACACAACUCAGCAAAGAUGUUAAAAACGCAACUCUUGACGCUGGAGUCCCUCCUCCCCGUUGAAAAAAAUCGUGACACAGCCGGCAUUGAACCAUUGUCGCUUAAACUUUUAUUGUCGUAACCACACCGGCCAGACCAGUUGGUUCAAACGGUCAGUGCAUGGUAAGUUUGGACGUAGUAUAGCUGAAAGUCCUUUGUCCAUUAAGUAAAGCGCACACCUUUAUGCACACCAGUACUGGCCUAAGGCACCAUACCAAGCACGCACCCACCUUUAAUAUACACAGCCACAUCACAUUUUCAGCACUGCCAUUAAAACGUUUAACAUGAUCUGAUAACAUUGAAUUUCGAAUGCAAAGAAUUUAAUCACCAUACAAAGUUUAUCAGUUCUUGUUAUAAACGAGUCAGUGAAUCGCUCUCCUAGAAUGUUAAUAGAACUCGUUCAUUUCGGUUUUCAGAUGAAAAUGAGUCAAACCUGGGUCACAGAUUGUCAGAAAACUGUUAAGAAACUCAUUGGCAUAUUGUUCAUGAGAAGAUCCUAUUUCAGCUUGAAAGCAGGCGCGUGACUUGCGAGAGUUUUACUUGCUCUUGGCGAAACGGAAUUUUUGUCCCUUUUAAUGCAUUUUCAUGUCCCAAUUUUGCUUUUUGAAAUCCCUGUCCAAUUGCAAUCUACAAUUUUUCACCCUUCCGGUCAAAAGCAUCUUCUUGAGAGCUACAAUUUGACUUUUACCCACCUUCUACAGAUCUAUUCUGCUAGUUUGAAAAUGAUCCUUCCCAACCAGUUUUUAACGUGAUCGUUGCCCAACUUCAUUUUCCAGGAUAAAUCCUAAUCCUAAAUCCUCCAGAAAUCCCCAUGGUAAUAUCCCCCAGUCUUUUUAGCAACCUUGAAAUUCCUACAUAGGCUAAUAUCGAAACUCAGAUUCUGAAGGAGUGUUGAAAUUUCCAUAAAAAUGUUCAAGUUGCGUUUUCUCAAUAAAUCAACACGACCGCGAGCUAUGAAGAGACAUCUAAGACGAGUAAUUGUGUCGUAACUGACGCAGGGGGCGAUCCAGGGAGCCAACAGGGGCCAUGCCCAACGUAAAACAGGCGUCUUUUGAAAAAGUAUAAAAGAAAGGCAUUUUUUCAUUCCCUUCUUUCAAGAAACGAGUAAAAAGCCACAGAAUGUAGCCCCAUUCCCAGAAAGGUCAUCAGAAAAGGUUGAAUGAAAAUAAAUCAAAUUUUUUUGCCCUCCCCCCACAAAAAGACGUUUACCCCCCCCAAAAAUGGCUUCUAGAUCCGCCAUGCAUUAAAUUAAGAUACGGUUGGUGCGUGAAAACCCGUCCUGUCACUGGCUGUCGUUAUCCAGGGUGUACAAGUCCUGGCGAAGUAGUUAAUUGCGAAUGAUUUAACGUUUAGCAUCCUCCUUUUAGAUACCUAAUAUUAUUCAGACUAUCAAUCAAAUGUCAUUUAUGGCUGGGCUUAUGACGAUGCACGCUAAUCCAUAUUAAAUGGAAGUUGAGAAUCAUUUUUAAAAAAAUGGUAGCGUACUUUUCAGAAUGGGAAGUAACAAUGUAACAUUCGGUUCCGACUGACGUGCACCAGAGUCACGAGGGAACCAAAUCAUUCCUGAGAUUUGAAUCAAGUACAUUAAGAAGGUUCGACGCAGAAACAGGGGCGACCGCCUUCCCAAGAGGUGGAGAAAUCGAUUGCUGCAGUCGCUCGGAAAGACGACAGAACGCUUUCGUUGCAGACGCAGCUCUCUUUCUUGUGCUGAACUCAGUGCCAAUUUAUGUAAAUGUAAGACAAGAAGGAAAUUUGACCUCGAGAGUCCCACAUUUCCACCGGCAUCCGUGCUGUGAGGGAUUAUGUGGCAAACAAUCGUGAAUAUAGCCCCUGUGAAUCAUGCAAGGAUGUAAAUUGAGUCUUGACAUACUGAUAUAUUGACAGAAAUGGACUGACACAUAAGUGGCUUGUAGGCAGUCACUUUGAUCCAAAAGGUAAAGUUCACGAUACAUCUUCAUACAGCCCGUCCUUUUUAUUCUUUGUCACAAAGAAUUAUUGCGUUUCAUCAGAAUGGACAAAAUUUUGCCUGUCAGUCAAAUGAUGUUUACAAAUUUUGGAAUGAGUGAUGACGUAAGGAGAAGUGGCAUGGAUACGUUUGUCUAAAAUUAAAAUCAAUUUGGACUGACUCAGUCGCCUUUAAUACCAUUGGUUCCGCGGUACUCUGAGUACGCCGGUCUGUAGUGUGUGUGAGACGUGUUUAUAAGGAUUCCUGAUGAGUAUCGAAUGUAAUCUACUCCUAAUUAAUAAUCUAAUUCGACGCUAUCAACCUCCGGGGCCAAUUUGAUAGAGCUGCGGUCACAAACGUACGAUAAGCACUGAAAAUAUUUUUUUCCUUUUUUUUUUGCGAAAACAGACAUAUGCUAGUGUGUCAUGGUCAUUCAAUCUAUUUUUUGUAACUGGCCCCCAGACUGGCUUUUGCUCUGGAAAAGAAGACUUGUGCAACAUUUUCUGCUCGGCAGCUCUAUUGAAUUGCGCCCGUGCAGAAGAAAGUUAAAUGGCUCUCUGAAAGGCCUUUCACGCGGUAGUAAAUGGUCAGAAUAAGCUGAAUAUUUAGGUCCAUAUCUCACCUAUUAUCUCGUCAAAUUUACUGAAGAAGAAAAUGUAACCGACUGUAGAUGUAAAUAUGUUAUAUUUAUUGAAUAUUUCAAUCGAUCGAAAACUGCCAAACCAAAUAAAUGCAAGUUUAACAAUGCUGUAGAUAA